AUGUCAAACAAUUCUCCUUCAGAAAUUGAUGGUUUUAGCAUACACUUUGCCGAGUAUUUUGGGCAUGGAGCAUUUUCGUAUUGUUAUAAAUGUUCAAAUCCGAAUUAUCGAAUACCUUUGUGUGUUAAAAUUAUAUCACAAUCUCCAAAGACAAAUGUCGCCUUCUAGAGAGAAAUUGAAAUAGUUAAGAAACUAAUUCAAGUAGAUUGUCCAAAUUUAGUGAAAAUACUUCAUAUAACCUAAAGAGAAGAUCUAUGCUUCAUUUUUAUGGAAUAUUGUCAAUAAGGAGAUUUCUAGAGUGUCAUUCAAAAGUAUUUAAAGUAUGGUAAGAAAUUUUAAGUUCAAGAGAUUAUACAGAUUCUUUCUUAAAUAAUAAAUGGUUACAGGGAACUCUAUAAAUUGGGCAUUAUGCAUAGAGACAUAAAACCAGCAAAUAUAUUUCUAGGGAACAAUGGAGAUUUCUAGCUCGCCGAUUAUGGGAUGUCAAAGAUCUUAGAGAACCCUAAUUUGGAAAUAGAAUAAAGUCACGCUGGAACUCCAUAUUAUGCUGCUCCUUAGAUUCUGAUUAAUGGAGUUUAUUCAAAUAAAUGCGAUAUAUAUAGUUUAGGUGUAUUAAUCUAUUAAUUAGUCUAUUCAAAAUUGCCAGUUGAUAGUCAUGGAAUGUUUUAAUUUAUCGAAGCCUUAAAGAGAACUAAAACUCAUAGAAUUGUAAUAGGAGGUAUCCCAAAAGAAUUAGGAGGAUCUGCGUCUGAAUAACAAUUAUUAUUGAACUUUUUAAGGUCUUCCUUAGUAUACGAAGAAUCCUCUAGAAUAAGUUGGAAUGAACUGUUCAUAUAGUUUCCAAGUAAUGAUCUGGAUAUUGAAUCUACAAAAGUGAUUAAUCGUAAUAUAUCCUCUUCAGAUUAAUAAUUGCAAUCGCCAGUGUCCUCUUAAUUGAAGGAGUAAAAUGACCGAGAUUCUCAAUCGACCUCAAUAGAUAACAAUAAUAUAUCACAACCCAAAGAAACUCAAUUUUUGAGAUCAAACAGCAAACUUUAGAGAGCUAAUCAAACCGGUGAAUUCCCGUAAGCAAGGUAAUAGAGUUAGGAUAAACAGAUAUUUUAACCUUUUCAUAGUGAUUAACUUCUGUAGAAUCGUUAAGAUCAAGUAGGAACACCUGUGAGAUAAAUUAGAAUGUAAAAAAAACAUUCCCUGUGCUAAUUAUAAACUAAUGUUUUAGAGAAGAUUUUAGGUUUCUAUCAAGCAAAAUGUACUUUUGCAAAUCAACUAAGCAAUAAAAUUGAGAACACAUUCAAGUAUUUGCAAAUUAAUAAGCAAACAAUUUUUAAAUCAAAUUACACCAUCAUUCUAUAUUUGCUCUAACUCUACUUAUACGGGUAUCAAUACUCAUGCUUCUUAAAUAUCUACACACUUAUCUCCAAAAGAUUUGACAAUUCUUUAAAUUUAUAAAUAUCUAAGGAAUUGAGUUUUGUAGAUAAGAAGAACUUGGAUGAAGAAAUAUGGACCUUCUUGUAAUGCUAAUCUGAUUAGAAGGAUAAAAUCAUAUAAAAUUACAAGAAUUAUAAAUAGUUGUUUCUAAUCAAAAUAAAUUAGUUUUAAGAGGAUUAGAAAUUAAUAAAAGAUCCUAAUUUGUUAGAAGAAAUCAAGAAAUUCAAUUUCUAAGAUAGCUUAGGCUCACCUUAGUUAUAUUAUCUCUAAUUUAAGAAAAUGUUCGGGGAAAUGAAUCUAAAUUUCGAUUUCGAGAUGGAGAAGGAUUUAUUAGAAGAUCACACAAUUGAAUUCAUGGCCUUUUCAAUCAAAUUUAUAAAAAAUGAAGAAAGUAAUUAGAAUAAGGUUUAAUUUUUGAUGGCUGACCCACAAUAAUUAGCAGAAUUAAAGGGAAGUAAACAAUUGUUAUUAAAAUCAAUAUAAUAAUACUUUAAGGGAUGAUUUCAGAAAAAUGAAUAAAUAGUUAAUACAUUUGAAGUAUUU